AUGAUUCCAUUGUUACCCUUAACAAUAAUUGAAAAACCAAGUACACGGUUAAAAAAUAUUCAAAAUAGUCAACAAUUUGUAGGAUUUAUUUGUUCAGUAAACAAGACACCAGCUUCACUGAAUAGAAGAAAGGGAAAAAUCAGGGCACAGCCUACUUCAAUAAGUAGGAGAAAACAAGGAGUACAUCGUCGUUCAAAAAGGGUACCAUCUGGAAGACCAAAAGAAUAUGUCGCUAAAGGAAAGCCUAGACGACAAAACAAUUUAGGUAAAAACAUAUAG